UUAAGAUAUCUGAGCGUGGCACAUCCUUUAAAACCCUACCUCAAAAGUCCUCCAGGACUAUUGCCUCCGUCGCCGCGUUGCAGAGGUCUCAACGAGUUCAGGUAGGCCAUGGUGAAGCAUAAUAAUGUUAUUCCUAAUGGGCACUUUAAAAAGGGUUGGCAGAACUAUGUCAAAACAUGGUUCAAUCAACCAGCGCGCAAGACACGGAGACGGAAUGCUCGGCAAAAGAAGGCUGUGAAGAUUUUUCCUAGGCCUACAUCUGGACGUCUGAGACCUAUUGUUCAUGGACAAACUUUGAAGUACAAUAUGAAGGUUAGAGCUGGCAGAGGAUUUUCUCUCGAAGAACUGAAGGCUGCUGCUAUACCCAAAAAACUUGCUCCAACAAUUGGCAUUGCUGUUGAUCAUCGCCGCAGAAACCGUUCCUUGGAAAGUCUCCAAGCUAAUGUCCAGAGGCUUAAGACAUACAAGGCCAAGCUAGUUAUUUUCCCAAGGCAUGCUCGGAAAUUGAAGGCUGGCGAUUCUAGUCCUGAGGAACUUGCAAGUGCCACACAAGUUCAAGGUGCUUACAUGCCCAUUGUGAGGGAGAAGCCAACCGUUGAGCUUGUGAAGGUCACAGAUGAGAUGAGGACAUUUAAGGCUUAUGACAAGUUACGUAUUGAGCGUACGAACAAGCGUCAUGUUGGUGCCCGGAUGAAGAAGGCUGCUGAGGCUGAGAAAGAGGAGAAGAAAUAGUGAGAAGAGUCCAUUUAAUCAGUCUGCUGAUUGAAGAUCUUGAAAUUUUUGUUCAGAAUCUAGCAACUAAAAAGUGUUAUGUGAUCCAUUACUUCAGACACUCUAGUUUUAAUAUUUGGAAUCUGCCUGCUGUUGUUUCAACCCUUUCUUGAAAUAUUUCUUCGAUUUAUAUACUUGAUAUCUUCUUCAUUGU